GUGGAGGGGCUCAGACGUUUGUGCUCACCGCCUCUAGCGGAAGCGCUAACUCGUGUCGCGUGCUAAACGCGCACACGUUUUCGUGGCGGGUUCAUUAAGUACGUGAAAACCUCGCCGGUAGUGGAUGGCGGGGCUCGAGUUACUGUCAGACCAGGGCUACCGGCUCGACGGACGGAAAGCCUCCGAGCUUCGCAAGGUUCAGGCCCGCAUGGGUGUGUUUGGCCAGGCCGACGGAUCCGCGUACAUGGAGCAAGGCAACACGAAGGCGCUCGCGGUCGUGUACGGCCCUCACGAGGUUCGAGGGUCCCGCAGUAAGUCCUUGCAUGACCGUGCGGUCAUCAACUGUCAGUACAGCAUGGCAACAUUCAGCACCGCCGAGAGGAAACGGCGACCCCACGGCGACCGCAAGUCCAGUGAGAUGAGCCUUCACCUGAAACAGACCUUCGAAGCUGCCGUGCUGACCCAACUCUACCCGCGUUCCCAAAUCGACAUAUAUGUUAAAAUUCUGCAGUCGGAUGGCGGAAACUAUAGCGCUUGCGUCAAUGCGGCUACGCUGGCCCUGGUGGACGCCGGCAUCCCCAUGCGCGACUACGUGUGCGCCUGCACGGCAGGCUUCGCAGAGGGCACGGCCCUGGCGGACCUGUGUCACGCGGAGGAGACCGGGGGAGGCACGGCGCUGUCCCUGGCUCUCCUGCCGCGCAGCCAGAGCAUCGCCCUGGUGCAGAUGGAUGCCAGACUCCAUCAGGACCACCUGGACACGCUGAUGGAGGCGGCCAUGGAGGCAUGCAAGGGCCUGAGCAAAGUGCUGGACAGUGUGGUGCGUCAGCACCUGCAGGAAGUGUCUGUGCUGAGCAGGGAUUGAGGAGCCCCGCUGAGGUUCUCGGACUCGCCGCAUGUCUCUGGAAAAACGCAGGCGGAGAACCUUCCUUCGCCGAUUUAAAGGGGCCAGUUUGUACUUUGGCUGUUGUUAGUUAAAAAAUGUAGACCACAUUACACAGUACCUGGAACAACAGAUAUUAGCACUGCACUGAGAGAAUGCUGAAAACCUGCACUGGCUGUAACCGUCAGAAGAGGCAUCUGGUAUACUGGUGAUGCCUAAUGAAACUAGUGCACAGUUCUUAUUGAAGUCAUACUUUCAAACCAUGAUGAGAACACAAGUAAUUUAGUAAAUAUGAAUAUAAUAAAAAUCUACACAAGCAUUUCAGAUUUA